AUGGUUAUGUGCGAAGUAUUUUCUGGCGCCUCUCCUUUUAGAAAUGUUGAUUGUGAAAAUGAGGAAGAAAGCAAAACCCUUGCGAUUGAAAUCUGUAACGGGAAGCGACCAGAAAUUCAAGAUCUGCCCCCUUUAAUAGCUGAAUUGAUAAAAACAUGUUGGGAUGCUGAUCCAGCAAGGCGACCAUUCGCAAAGGACUUGUUUGAUGAUCAAAUUCUAUAUUCGAGAGAACUAUUGCCUAAUAGUAUGCCAUCCGAAAAUACUAACAUGGAAAAAAAGACAGAUCAGCUCAAUCACCUGUAUUAUGAGAUCGAUGUAGCCAGAAAGAAAGGUGGUCAAGCAAACUGGAAAGCUAUUCAGAGUUAUUUUUUAUUCAAAGAAGCUUUGGAGAUACAUCUGACUUUAUUAUUAUAA